AUUGGGGUUGCUGCCGUCAGCGAGUGGAGGAAGUCCAAGUCCUAAAGCAAACCGGAGAUCACCUAGUGGAAUACACAUUAAUGUUGUCGACAAUGCUGCUUCGUCGUCCAAAAAUUCCUUCUUAAUUUUGGAAGAAGGCAGUCACAACGCCCCUCCUCCAGCAGCUCCUGGCCAGGAUGUAAUGAAAUCAGCGCCACAUGAUCAACUAAGUCAUUCCGCAUCCAGAGUCAUCUAUCUACGAGACACAGACAUGAUGAAAGUGCAGAUCGGACCGGCAGGAAAUUCUACGCAGCGCUUUAGAGCUGCCAAAGCCUUCUACGACUUAGUGGAGGACGACUACAGGGGCAUCGACCACGGUCAAGGACAUGAAAUCCCCGACCAUGUCAAGUCCCACCCGACCUUACCCGCCUGUUGCCUAGAUGAAGCUCUAGUCGAAGUUCCUGACGCCAGAUCCGCAAUGGCGCGAAUGGAUAAGAGUGGUGGCGCGGAUCUGGCUCUCGACAAAUCGAGUUCGAACCCAUCCUCGAAAGAUUCGGUGCAUAGUGGAGACGAGAGUGGCUCGGACGUGCAGAGUUCGAGUAGUAACGCUGCGGGGGCGAGUGAUAUAUUGGAGGAUUUUAGAGUUAUGACCCAAAAUGAUGUUUCACAGAACUACCCACUAGAAGAAAAGCAGUAUGAAUGUCUUCUACCUGUAGUACUUUUCUUGUUAAUAUGUUUAUAACAUAAGACCAGUGAAGACAUCCGCAUCUUCUAACAACUUAGCCACAGCAGCAGUCCAAGCCGAGAUUUGGCGUGAUGGCCCUGGUUACGAAUCAACACCGGAAGCGAUACCCCAAGGUCCUCAGCCCUCUCUUCCUUCUAUCCUUUCGCUGCUAUCUAGAUCUAGUCUGUCCCCACUACAACACGCUGAAGAAGAGGAAGCGGCUUUGAUGUCGAAGAACCUUCUAGCGAACAGUUUAGGAGCCAAAGUACAGAUGCAACGAUCGGAGACGCCGUAUGGGACACCGACAUUCGCUUUUGACGGGACAAUCGAUGAUUACAGUGAGCUGUGCGUGAUGUUCGGAUUCCUGAUGCUCUUCAGCAUAGCAUUGCCGCUUGUCGGGGCGCUGAUCUACGCGGCGUGUUUGUUGGAGGUACUCACUUUCUUUAGCCUUCGUUCUGGAAUGUCAUUUUCUGGAUGAUCCUCUUUCUGUUUCUGUUUCUGGCACCACAUUAAUCAUCCAACCACACCAUGCUUCUUCUACUAGGUCUCCGUCGACAGUUUCAAGUUUCGCCAUGUGAUUAGACGUCCCAUGCCGAAGCAAGCCCUUAACGGUGUAGGGGUUUGGAUUUCGAUUCUAAAGUCGAUUGCGUGGGUCUCGGUUCCCACCAAUGCCUGUAUCCUGGUUUUGACAGCUCAAAUUAACAAGAGCGAUGAGAUCGUGGAAACAGUAGGGAAAAAGGACGUGGCUGCGAUCUUCUUUAUCGCUUUUCUUUAAGGCAGACUUCUCAUUUGCAACCAAUGCAUCAUCGUUAACCAACCAGCUAACACACACUUCCUCAUACAUUUGACGAUUUACCUAUGUAUUAUAGCAUCUCGGCGUCGGCGUCCCGUACCCAUUCUAAUAUUCCCUCACCUUCGUCAAACUCGUCUCAGCCCAAUACAACAGUGUGAAGGAUCGAGAUUUUGGCUUGUUGAUACAGCGCAUUGAAUCCUGCAUGACCCGCCUUAUCCUAGCCCAUCAACGGGGCUCAGACGGAACUUUAGCUUUAGGACACGAGCAAACCGACUUCCGCAUUCAUCAGCCUUACGAAUUUGAUCGUCGCAGGAAGUUGCACAUGAGGGGAAAGGUGGAAGGGUCGCCGGGGGUGCUUGGGUGAGCCAGGUUAAUGCUCAGUAAUCGCCAGUUGAUUCCUUAUCGUUAAAGAAAUUUGAAUUUCAAUUAGAGCAGUAGCAGUGAUUCGAAGUUGAAACAAUUAUGUUAAAUGAAUAGUUUUACUUGUGCUUGAGCUUGUGGUAAAGAUAAAUGAAACUUGAAUAUGAUCGAAGAGCAAAUCGUGUAGAAGUGACUACUUAGCUUCACGAAGAUACUAAUACUAGUGUAGAACUCGCCAGACCUUGCUUACAGAUUGUAUAGAAACGGAAAGCAAUUCAAAUCAAAAUUUUGGCUAUGCUAAGUAGCAAGAAAAAGAUGAAUAGCAACUCAUCAUACGAAUUUGCAUCUUUAUCUUUUCCGUUCGUUAUUCAAUAAAUUCUUAGAAUUCUCUACAACUUAGCUAUAGCUGGUAGUACUUAAUGACUCAUUUAUUUUUGGGCAGACGCAUCAGGGGCUUUCAGCUUCGCAUACCAUUUACGAUGACAAGCUGUGAAGGUUGUACUUCUAGAAGUGUAGUCUCGGAGGCAGGUGCUUUCCUCUUCGUAAU